AGAAGACGAAGGCAUGAGGCAGCGAUGUUGGGUCCGAGCGAUGAAGUGUCAGCUGCUGGCAGCCAGCCUCUUCGUUAUGCUGCUUGGGCUCUCAGUAAGCAUUUUGACCCUUGUCACCUACUAUGGGAAGCACUUCACUGUAAUAAAUGAUGUCUCUUUGGAAUCAAACUCCUUCUACAGAACUUUUCACAGUGCAAUUUUCUACAUUGGGAUAUGUCUGAGCGUCGUUCUGAUCAUUGCUGCCCUGCUGGGUAUCGUUGGGACACUGAGAGAACUGGAGAGUGCCAUGGCAGCGGGGUUCUUUUGUUUUGCUGUGAUGUUCUGUGCAUCAGUGCAGGCAACAUAUUGGACGAUUACCAACAGUACUGCGGUUGAAGAUGCCAUGAUGGAUGCAUAUGACUUCGUUUAUGAGGAUGUGAGGAGCAAUUCUUCCGACAUCAGAGGACAGGAGCUACAUACCAUCCACCAAACGUUUCUCUGUUGUGGGAAGAAGUCCCCCUUCGGAGAAGUAAGCAGUAUUGAAAAGGAGUUGUGUCCAUCAGCAAUGGUGGGAACAACAGAAGAGGAUUGCCUCCAAGAGAUCCAGCACUUCCUGAAAAAACACAUGGAUUUUGUCUCCAUAUUGAUGACCAUCACCAUUUUCUUCAUGGUAUAUGGCAUGAUCUUAACUUCAUUCCUCUGGUACUCUAUCCACUUUAUGCACAAUUUGGACCGGAAGGGCAAGUACAUUCUGGCAAAGCGAUAGGAAAUAGACUUUUGACUUCUGUACCAGAGGAAAGACCAAGGCUAUCAGAGGCCCUAAUAAAUUGGAUUGUUUCUCACAACGACUGGACUGUGGAUGGCCCCUUCUAUUGCCUUAUUUUCUUUUCACAAAUGUCCCAUUCCAAAUACGGCUGGACUAACAUUAUGUAGCCAAGAUAGAUAAAGACUGUCCAGUGUGUGUUGAUCUGUGAGGACAUCAGAAGCAGGCAGUGUUGUUGAAGGCAGGAUAUAAACCAGGAACCAAGACUUGGUCCAACCACAAGUGUGUUUGCCAGCUGAAAGCUGUAAUUUGGAGCUCCAAAAAUAGCGAGUCAAAACAGAACAACAUACCCCUGUGAAAAGGAAACUCAUGGAAAUGGAAAUUGCUCAGCUCAGUAAUGAGGAAGAAUGUUUUAAAAUUCAGUUCAGAGAGACACAGAGUAUAACAGCUUGUUUUACAUUAUUCUUUUCACCAGUUUCUUUUAGAGCCCAUUUGCAUUUUUUUUUAUACUUUGUCAGGUUAAAUAAAGAUACUUAAAAUACGAAUAA